CUAGCAACGGGGAAAGCGUUGUUGACAAGCACAGAAACUGCAGCUCCGGCUUGAGAGUGGAGCUGUCCCACAGGAGCUAUGACUGAGGUGGAGGAAACCCUCAAGAGGAUUCAGAGCCACAAAGGGGUCAUUGGAACCAUGGUGGUCAAUGCAGAAGGCAUUCCAAUCCGAACAACCCUGGACAACUCCACAACAGUUCAAUACGCAGGUCUUCUCCAUCAGCUGACCAUGAAGGCCAAGAGCACAGUCCGGGACAUUGACCCCCAGAAUGACCUGACUUUCCUCAGGAUCAGAUCGAAGAAACACGAAAUCAUGGUAGCCCCAGAUAAAGAAUAUCUUCUGAUUGUCAUUCAGAACCCAUGUGAGUAGACCUGCUGUGGCCGACUCUAUCCUUGUGAUGAUACCUGGAAGCCCUUCAUUCCUCUAGUCCAUCAAAUUGACCUGAAUUGAGCCUAGAGACAUGUUCUCCUAUUUUGACAACAAAACACUCUACAUGUCUCCCUUGGUCCUUUUUUACUAUAUUAUGGUCUUGUGCUUUUGCUGGAUAAUAAACAAAUUCUGCCA